AGAGAUGACUAUAAUCAAACCCACAAAAACAUAUACCUACAGAAAAAGAGAGAAUGGCAGAGUUAGAAUUUUUAGAUCAUUUCCCGUCAAUGCUACACGGUUCUUAUUAUGGGGUUCUUGACAUAGAAUCUCCAGCAGACGAGUUCAUUCAAUAUUUUACAAGAAAGAGAGAAUGGAAGUGCUACAAUCAUGAUUCAUUCUCAUUUUCUGCUGUGGAGUUGAUGUUCCAAAUAGAGUCGACGGAUUUAGAGAAAAGAACAGUGAAGAUGAGCAUAUUUUGGAAUCACAUCUCGACCUUCUUCAAGAAGAUCGAAGCAACAGUCACCGUCACUCCUACGGUACCUAGCUGCCUGGCGUGGUCCGUCGAUUUCGAGAAGAUUAGCUAUGACAUAGUAGAUCCAAUGUGGAUCGUCAGCACUCUACUUGAAUACAUCAGGUCCACCGAUGUCUAUAAUCUUUAUGAACUAAAUCAUAAGGUCAACUUCAUUGACACUGAGUAUACGGCGGACGAAUGCUUUAAAGCUUUCAUCGGAGCAGUUAAAGAUGAUGCUGUGGUGGAGAUCGAGGCUGAAGACUGGGAUAAUAGGACAACUACGAUAAGUGUGAGGAGCUCUAAUUUGUUGUUAACUAAGUACAAGAAGCUCAAAGUAACCACCACUAUUACUCCUAAGGAAGACUAUAACAAGGGUAGCCACGUGAAAUGGACCAUCGACGCCGAGAAGAUUUCUGGUCACAUCCAAGAUCCAGACUUAUUCAUCGACACAGCUUUUUCUAUCUUUGAGGAUAUCCGGUACAAGCUUCCAAAUAAAUAUGUUAAAAGUCAAGAGCUUCAACUAGGUAUAGGACCGGCUACAUUCGCUCUCGAGAUCGAGCUUCGGAAAAAAACAUUCGAAAGGUUCAUCUACAUAUAGGAAUAUGAUCCCAUCUAUUUAUAUGUCUAUAUUCAUUGCAGUAUAUGUAUGAAUUUCUUAUAACGGUUGGUAUUUGGGGAUGUAUGGACCUCGUUAUGCUAUAUGAAUAAUAUAUCGAUUUGCAUUUUA